AUGUUAAAACAAAAAGGGUCAUCGUUUCCUAUACAUUCUCUCUUUUUUCCUUAUACACUCUUUCUUUAUCUUUCUUUCCAUCUUUCUCUUUUUUUCUUUCUCCCUCUUUAUCUUUCUUUCCAUCUUUCUCUUUUUUUCUUUCUCAAUCUUUCUUUAUCUUUCUUUCCAUCUUUCUCUUUUUUCUUUCUCCCUCUUUUUCUUUCUUUCCAUCUUUCUCUUAUUUUCUUUCUCAAUCUUUCUUUAUCUUUCUUUCCAUCUUUCUCUUUUUUUCUUUCUCACUCUUUAUCUUUCUUUCCAUCUUUCUCUUUUUUUCUUUCUCAAUCUUUCUUUAUCUUUCUUUCCAUCUUUCUCUUUUUUUCUUUCUCACUCUUUAUCUUUCUUUCCAUCUUUCUCUUUUUUUCUUUCUCACUCUUUAUCUUUCUUUCCAUCUUUCUCUUUUUUCUUUCUCAAUCUUUCUUUAUCUUUCUUUCCAUCUUUCUCUUUUUUUCUUUCUCAAUCUUUCUUUAUCUUUCUCUUUUUUUCUUUCUCUUUUUUUCUUUCUCACUCUUUUUCUUUCUUUCCAUCUUUCUCUUAUUUUCUUUCUCAAUCUUUCUUUAUCUUUCUUUCCAUCUUUCUCUUUUUUUCUUUCUCAAUCUUUCUUUAUCUUUCUUUCCAUCUUUCUCUUAUUUUUUCUCACUCUCUCAUUAUCUUUCUUUCCAUCUUUCUCUUAUUUUCUUUCUUUCUUCCUUUUUCUAA